AUGGCAAGGCGCAGAGCGCCACUCUCAGCUUACGAGCGACAACAAAAACUCGAAAUGAAGGCUGCAAGAAAAGAAAAAGCUCAGCAAGAUCUCACAAGGUCGCUUUCACUGGCCUGGGACGGGCAAGGAUGGAUUCCCGAUGACAUUCGCAACUGCCCCCCCUCUUUUUUGAAACCAACCGACGUGAGAAUUCUGAGACCCCUUUGGAGGGUUACACUCAAGGCCGUAUCGAUGAACAUAAUUCUUCCUUCUUUGUGGCAGCCCGGCGGAAUCCUACGCCAGUCAUACGACGAGAACGGUUUUAUCUGGCGCAAAACCCUCACCCAGGUUGCGAAGGAUGAGAGCUGGUGUCUCGAAGCGCCACGGCUUGAAACCAACCCAUCCAGAGAACGUACGAAUCAAACAAAUUUGGCCGAGACCAUUGAAGCGAGCGAUCAAGACAAACCAAGAGAUGCAUUUGCCACAAAGGACCAGCCAAUGGAGGAUGGAAGCACCGCGGAAUCCCAAGAAACAAGCGCUCACCUCUCCUCAAAUGAGGCAUCGAUUCGCCUCUGGGAAUUGAUUGAAAUCUCAUCCAUCGAGGACCUUGAAGAACAAAUUCUGGAGUUGAAAUCCGAGGCCGAACUUGCCACAACCAGCAUCAGGCGUAAGAAAGAACUUUCCGACAGCAUCCGUGGGAAGAUUGCAGCAUUCUCGGACGUUCAAUCAAGGGUUAUGUCAUCACUUGACGAUCAAUUGCGGCGUCCUGAGACCUCAACACCAGGUAUGGAGGAGCAUGUGAAGUUCCUCAAGGACGCUUGGCAGCAGCGCAGGCUCAGCCUGGAGAAGGAGCUGGCUGAAGUACUCAAUGAAGAACGAGACAGCAACAGAGACCUUUGCAUGAUCCGAGAGAUGGAAAAGCUUGUUGCGCACAUUUUGAACUACAAAGCGUCUAUGGAGCGACUCAGCAUCUAG